CCCUGAUUGGCUAUUUUGACAGCGCGGGUCCCGACCGACAGUUCGGAUUUUGCGUUUCUCCUGUCAGUUUACUGAACCGUAAGAAACGGACGAUGUUGUCGCUGGAGAUCAAUCGGCGUCCGGCAGCCAUGCAUACGACUGGUCCCUGCUCGGAUUGGUGUUUUUCUGCUGCUCGGGCCGUAUGCGUAGGAGACCGGGUGCAGAUAAUUGCCCUUUCGCACCGCCCGGUACGUGGACGAGGAUUAUAUAAAAGCUCUUGAUGAAGACUGCAUCAGCUCUUGCCAUCCUUUCCCUGGCCGUGUCCUCCGUCGCUGCCCACGGCGCCAUCACAUCCUACGUGAUAGACGGCAAACCCUUUCAGGGGUGGAACGGAUACGCUCCGACCGGAGCUCCUACCAUCCAGCGUCAAUGGCCCAGCUAUGAUCCGAUCGUGGACGUGCUCUCAGAGAAGAUGACCUGCAACGGUGGAACCAGCGCUGCGUUGAGCGCGGAGGUCCUGCCUGGCAGCAAUGUUACGGCUCAAUGGGGACAGUGGACACACAGCCCCGGGCCAAUCACUGUCUACAUGUACAAGUGCCCAGCCGACUUCGCCACCUGCGAUGGCGAAGACAAGAAAUGGUUCAAGAUCGAAGAGAAGGGUCUCAUCUCCGGCACCCUCGGCAACGGCCAGUGGGCUCUCGGCGAGAUCCAGAACACUCGCACGUGGUCCACCGCCAUCCCCGAAGGCCUCGCCCCCGGCAACUACCUCAUCCGCCACGAGCUUCUCGCCUUGCACGCUACCAACCAGCCCCAGUUCUACCCGGAGUGCGCCCAGCUCAAGGUCGGCGGAACGGGAACUGCCAACCCUGAUGCGAGCUACUUCACGUCCAUCCCUGGGUUUGCUCAACCGAAUGAUCCCAAUGUUAUGGUGAACUUGUACUCGAACGAAGCUCAGACUAUCACCGAGUACAAAAUCAUUGGUCCGCCUGUGUGGAAGCUUGGCGCCGCUCCUGCCCCUUCAGCAUCUGCUCCUGCCCCACCUGCCACUACGCCGGUCGCCAGUAGCUCUCCUACCGCAGAGGUCCCUCUUUCCAGCGCGUACACAUACGAGGAUGAGUACACCACCACCACGACCAACCCCACGACUGCUACCCCCAUCCGAGCUCCGACCGAAUCCACCGACUUGCCUUACUGCGACGAGACCACCACUCCCGCAGCGCCGAUUCCCACUGCCGCACCCACCACAUCUGCCGCUCCCGCUCCCGCUCCCACCACCACCGACGACAGCGAUCUCCCGUACUGUGACGAGAUUUCUUCCACGCCCGCCGCACCUGCUCCCACGACCGAGGCCGAGCCGGCGUCCACAGUGGCCCCAUCGGCGUCCGCACCCGCAUCGGUCCCCACCGCUGCUCCGCCAGCGACGCCAACAGGAACGGCUUCCUGCCGCACCCUCCAACCUGCGUGCUGGAGGGAGGCCGCCGCGUGCUUCAAGGACUUCAAUGCCUGCACCGCGACGAAGGGCUGGAUCGCCGAAUGCCAAGCGAAGCGUGACGUCUGUGGCCAGAAAGCCAACUCGUGCUCCAACUUGAACUGCACUUGGACCCGUCGUCGUGAUGCUCGUGAUGCUCAUCGGGCGGUCGUUUGAGCAGUUCCUGUUACGCAUGUAUUUUCGUAUAGAUAUAGAGUUCCCCAAUUGCGGGACGGCUGUUUGCUGCUCUUGUAAAUAGAUUGUAGAUCCCUCCCUGGAACAUAGAUGUAGAAAAUGAGACCGUCGUUUGACUUUCAUAUGCACAAUGUAGACGAGCUUUUGCUCAGAUCCAUCCAAACACAUCUGCUUCUCAUUAUUGUUGAAUCUGCUCGGAUGAACUCCGCAUCGGGUCACCGACUAGAGGGGAACCGCAACACCGGUGACCAUAUCUCCAUUUCUCAAUAGAUGAUGGAUACGUUACAUGA